ACAAGCCGCAGCAAUUAACUCUCUCUUCUCUCCAGGAGAUCAGGACCCGUUCGCCCGUUUCAAGACGAGACAUGGCAUCCAGCUCCAAGGCCUCGUCCUCGUCGUCGGCGUCGGCGGCGUCGUCGGAGUGGACGAAGCAGCAGAACAAGCAGUUCGAGCGCGCCCUGGCGGUGUACGACACCGACGCCCCGGACCGGUGGCACAACGUCGCCCGCUACAUGGGCGGCGCCAAGUCCGCCGAGGAGGUGCGCCGCCACUACGAGCGGCUCCAGGCGGAUGUCGAGCAGAUUGAGGCCGGCGGCGUGCCGUUCUCCUUGGGCUACGGCGCCACGCCACAGGCCGGCCGCCGCUAGCUCUAGCUAGCGUCGAUCACGUCGUAGAAAGGCGAUUAAUCAAUUAAAGGCGCAUUCCGUUCCUUGUCAUCGUAGGUGCAUGCACUUUCAAGUGUUUGCUACUGGCCUGUCGAUGUAUUUCUCCUUGCGCUCAAUUAUCAACUAAUCCAAUAAAAAUAAUUUUGUCUUAGGAAUCAUCAAAGCGACUAUUAUAUGUUUUAAUAUAUGGCGUA